AUGAUUCUAUUAGUUUUUACUUAACAUAUAGAGUCAGAUUUUGUGUAGAAAGAUGUUUCCUUGAGCAAAAGAGAAACUGCAUCCUCUAAAAAUUUGCCACCUACACUAUGAUUCAACAUCAGAAUGUGGGGCUUCAUUCUUGUUAUCAAUAGACACCUCAUGAGUCUAGUCCUUAUCAAUUGGUGAUAGCUAUUUCUUCCUUUGAUUUUUUUAGAACAGCAAAUAAUACACUGAAAAUCAAUGUCUAGUUCUGUUAAAAAAUCAAGUUCAUCAUCAUAUGAGAAGUACGAGGUAAGGAAAAGAAACCCAAAUCCUCAAACAUGUGCCCUUUUGGUGAUUGAUAUGCAGAAUUACUUCUCUUCCAUGGCAUCCCCAAUUCUUGCCAACCUCAACACCACUAUCACCCUCUGUAGACGUGCUUCCAUCCCCGUCAUAUUCACGCGCCAUUGUCACAAGUCUCCUUCUGACCAUGGUAUGCUUGAGGAGUGGUGGUUUGGAGACAUCAUCAUGGAUGGCUCCAUAGAGGCUGAGCUCAUGACGGCGUUGGACCGCAGCGGCGAGGACAUGGUGGUGGAGAAGAGUACAUACAGCGCAUUUCGGAACACAGGUUUGGAAGAGAAGCUGAAAGAGAUGGGUGUGGACGAGGUUAUAGUGACGGGUGUGAUGACUAACUUGUGCUGUGAAACAACGGCGCGCGAGGCCUUUAUUAGAGGCUUCAGGGUGUUUUUCUCCACUGAUGCAACUGCUACCUCUGAUUUGGAUCUUCAUGAGGCUACAUUGAAAAACAUGGCUUAUGGUUUUGCUUACUUUCUUGACUGUCACAGGCUCAAACAUGCUCUUACGGGUGAAUAAAAUGAAAGAGUAAACACUGCAUACCUUGUUAUGUGUGGUCAUGAUAUCAGUCAAAAGAAAUAUAGGAAUCAAAAACUUAAUUAACCCAAAAAAAUAUAUAGGAUUCAAUAUUGUUUUUCCUCUUUUUGUUCUUUUUUGUGUUUGUGAUCAAAAAGAGGUGUCCAAAUUGUUGUGCUACCACAAGAAUUACUCUAUAAAUAGUUUUAAAA